UAUGUCUUCAUUAGCAGAGUGAGAACAGACUAACACACUGCCAUCUGAAUAACUCAGCCGCCACCAUGCCCAUUCUUGAGUCAUUCCACUCAAGAUUAAAAUUCCGGAGGAGAAAAGUAAAAGCACUGUCUUAGACCAUGUGUUGACCCUGGUUGCCAGAUGAAAAGGGAUAUCCUGAUCAAUAGCACCACCAUGAUCUGAGCUGAUAGGAGUCAUUCUCCAAAGGUAGGGUGAACACGUCUUAGAGUGUUGCCGUGGACAGUCCUGGUUUAUAUCUGGUUUUUUUAGGAGUAACUAUAAAUAGCAUCACUUUUCACCCACAAAACUGUCCAAGUUUGGAUAGUAAAUUGCAUGAUCAAUUUACACAAAGGAAAGAUGGGGCAUUGUUACCAAGGUAGCAAUGCUGAGCAGAUACAAAUAGCUAUCAUUGCAAUGAGGCUAUUAGAAGGAGUCAACACAGAGUGUUUUGCUCCCAGUCUCUCAAGACCAGAAGCCCUUAUCAGUCUCUAGGUUUUGAGUCCAGUGUGAAAAUAACAUUCCUAUAUUCAAGCGUUGAAUUAUUAUGACUUUGACCCAAUAGUUCCAGUCCCUUGUCUUCCUAUGUCCUUGCAGCUAAACCACUAAAUGUUAAGGUGUUCUCUUUCACUGCUGUUUUUUUAGCUUAAUUGGCCCUCCUGCUUUCCAAAAUAGAAUGCUAACAUCCUUUCACCCAGCUGGAGGGUCAGGGUGAUACCAGAUCCAACAUUCCCCAGAGCCUGUGUAGGCUAGUUGCUGUAUGCCUGACUACUGAUUAAUAAUAAAGGAGUCGAAUAGCACCUUUGGAUUCUGAUUUCCUCUGAGAGGCUGUUCUACAAGCAUGGGGUCAACUUAAAGGAGGCAGGGUUUUGUUUAAUAUUUUCUCCUUUCAUUAGUGCACUUAAAUUACUUUCUUGUAAACUCUGCUUGUUACCUAAAUGUACUAGCACUUUUGUUACCUAAUUAACUUUCUUAUCAGAAUUCCAACCAAAAAUAACAAGAAAUGUAAUAAUGAUAAGGUAUCGCCCCCUUCAAAACAGAUUUCCUUUUGCACUUUAUCUCUUGGUACUGUUCUGGCUUGUUUAAUUAAAGUAUCAGAAAGUAUUAGACUCAAAUUAUUUCUUGAUCUAGUGCUCAAAUUCUCCUGAAAAACUGCUUCCUCUGCCUCAGUAUUUAAACCUUUAUCAGUCUGAGGCAGAUGAGUUUCCACCUGUUUGCAACUGGAUUCAUGUAAUUCAAUAAAAUUUUGGAAGAAGAUCCUAAUUUUGCCGCUAAGUAAUUAAGCAAACAAAUCAGAUUUGGCUACACUGAGCUAUCGUCAACGUUUAAAUACUUGUCUCCUCUCCUGUGCUCUUGGAUCAUCAAAAUGAACAACAUUAAUGUGCAAACACACAAACCUUAUGAAAUCUUAGCUUGGGGAUGUGAAAUUCAAAGCAACGUUCUUACUUAUUUUUUUCAGUAGAGGGAUGGGGCUCAAAAUAUCACCAAGUUCAAACCACUAACCUAAGUCUUGUUCAAGAAGGGUAGUCAUGUCUGUUACAGACUUUACCAUAACGGAUGAGAAAGUACGCUUACAUCACAGCACUGAGGAGGAGAAAACCGUAAGACAUAUUGGUGAUUUCUGUUCCUCACACUCUGUGAAAAAAAUUCAGGUUGGAAUCUGCUUGCUUCUGGUGGAGCUGUGUGAGAGGUUCACAUUCUUCGAAGUGGUCUGCAACAUGAUCCCCUUUUGCAUCGUCAAGCUUGGCUAUCACAACUGCCAGGCAGCCGUCUUAAACUUGUGUUUUAUUGGAACGUCAAUGCUUACCCCUGUGUUUGCCGGAUGGCUCACUGAUGUCUAUUUAGGAAGACACAAACUGGUGUAUAUUUGCUUGUUUCUACAUUUUCUAGGCACUGCUUUAUUAUCUGUGGUGGCUUUCCCCUUGGAAGAUUUCUAUCUGGGCACUUACCACGUGGUUAAUAACAUCCCCAAAACGCAGCAGCACAGGCUGUUUUAUGUAGCACUGCUGACCAUCUGCCUUGGCAUGGGAGGCAUAAGAGCCAUUGUCUGUCCACUGGGUGCUUUUGGCCUUCAGGAGUAUGGAUCACAAAAAAGAAUGUCUUUUUUUAAUUGGUUUUAUUGGCUCAUGAACCUAAAUGCAACUAUUGUGUUUCUGGGAAUAUCUUACAUCCAGCAAUCACUGGCCUGGGCCCUUGUUUUACUUAUUCCUUUUAUGUCUACACUUAUGGCUCUGACAAUUCUUCAUAUGAUGUACUAUAACCUGAUUUAUCAGUCAGAAAAACGUGGUUCUCUCCUGACAAGCUCUGGGGUGUGGGCUAGUGCACUGAAAACAUGCCAUCUGCAAUACUGCCAUCUUGAUAGAGAUGUGACAAGCCGGUUAGACCACGCCAAAGAAAACAAUGGUGGUUGCUACAGUAAACUCCAUGUAGAAGACACAAAAUUUUUCCUCACCCUUCUCCCUCUCUUCAUUUUUCAGCUCCUAUACAGAAUGUGCAUUAUGCAGAUUCCUUCAGGAUAUUAUCUGCAAACCAUGAAUUCCAACCUGAAUUUGGAUGGAUUUCUUCUGCCAAUUGCAGUAAUGAAUGCCAUCAGCAUCCUACCAUUACUAAUUUUAGCUCCUUUUCUGGAGUAUUUCAGCACCUGCCUAUUUCCCUCUAAGAGAGAUGGAUCAUUUCUGUCGGCAAGCAUCAUUGCUGGAAAUCUUUUUGCUGCAUUGUCUGUGAUGAUAGCUGGCUUCUUUGAAAUACACAGAAAACACUUCCCUCCAGUGGAGCAGCCCCUUUCAGGAAAAGUUCUCACUGUUUCCUCCAUGCCCUGUUUCUACCUGAUUCUUCAGUAUGUUUUACUUGGAGUGGCAGAAACAUUGGUAAACCCAGCCUUCUCUGUAAUAUCAUACAGAUUUGUUCCAAGCACCGUCAGAGGAACCUCCAUGAAUUUUCUGACACUGUUUAAUGGAUUUGGCUGUUUCACAGGGGCACUGCUGGUGGAGUUGGUAUAUCUCAUCUCAGAAGGCAAUUGGUUUCCAAACACAUUAAACAAAGGCAAUUUAGAAAGCUUCUUCUUCUUCCUGGCAUCAUUAACAUUGUUGAACGUCCUGGGAUUCUGGAGUGUUUCACAAAGGUAUUGUAAUCUAAAUCAUUUUAAUGCCCAGAACAUCCGUGGAAGUAAUCUUGAAGAAACACUUCUCCUCCACGAAAAGUCUCUGAAAUUUUAUGGCAGUGUACAGAAAUUUUCUUCAAGUAUUGAUCUUUGGGAGACAGCCCUGUGAAACUGUAUUUGGGUCUACCUGUCUUAUGAGAACAGUAUUCAUUGUUUUCUUCUUCAGUUGAGCAUUUUAUAUGUUGCAGUGUAAGAGCCAAUAGAUAUGAAGGUGAUUUUAUAAAUAUCAUCUGCAUACUUUACUUACAAAGACUAAUUAUGAACUUUCUGGUAAACCGUGAUGCUUUUGCAUUAACAUUAUGCAUUAGAAUUAAUAAAAUAAUUUCAAAGUCUAGGUGAUUAUGACAAAAAAAAAUGAGUUUUCUAUAUACUAGUAAUACCUUACAACUUUCUACAAUGGUUCAGUCAUUGAAAGCAUAUGACUUUUUUUGGAGUUUUAGUGAUUCAUUAGAAGCAAAAUGACAGUAUUUUAAUACACUCUCUUUCAAUACACUUAUUGAGAACUUAUUACAUGCCAAGCAUUGUGACCUUAUACUGUAUACAGCUGAGUAAAUAAUAGACAUAUACAUGAUUUUGCUAUAUUUGCUCUUUAUAUUACACUAUCAAGAUAUGACUUCAUUAAAGAAAUUUUCUCUGAAUUUAAAAGCAGUAUUACUACGAUAGAUGUCCUUAACAAAGAGAACGUCCACACACUAAAAAAGUUGAAAAAUAAAUGUAAGAUACGGAAUUGUUGGAAUUAAAGGAAAGAGGAAAUGAAGGAAGAUAAAAUGAGGAGUGAGAGGAGGGUAAGUGCCCAAACCAAAUAGAGCUGCUUAAAGGAAUUAUACGAAUAACAUCUUUUGGUCUCCACUGCCAAUUCAGAAGCAUUCAGAAAAUCAUCUUCUAAGAGUUUGUUCUCUUAUAAGCAAAUAUAUGUAUAAACUCAUUUUAAAAAAUCAAAUAAAAUGAAUGUCUGUUUCUUGUAGCAGUAUUUGUCAAAAUUUGGUUGAGGACAACUUGCUACAGGUGAAUUUUUCUGGCCCCUACACAGACUGCCUUAACCCAAACCUUUUAUCAGAUUGGGGUCCAGGAAUUGGUGGUUUUAAUAAGCACAUCUAAAUCAUUCUCAUGUUCCCUAAAGUUUAAAAGCCAUUGCUUUUCCAGGACAAUUCAUGCUGGAUAGGACAGGUGAGUUUAUCGGCUGACUGCAAAUUAUUCUACAAUUAUGCACCUCCCUUGUGUCUACAUAAAAUAUUUUAGGUCUGUAGAAUAAAAGAUUUAUUCAACUUGAUUAGGUAGGCUAUGCAUUUUUAAUUGCAAAAGAGGAGCUGUAAAGCACCAGGUGUUUUUCUUACUCAAACUAUUUUUUGUUUGAGGACAAAUGAAAAGACUUGCUGGUAGAGGCAUAAAUUCUUUCCCUGCAACUUUUUCAAAUCCUUUCUGUUUAGCAAUCGUUUCCUAGCAAAACAGUGAGGCAGACCCUUGAUAUUCCUUAGAAGCUUUCCUUGCUGCAAAAGGUUAAAUGCCAAGUUUGCAAUUUGGGUUUAAUGAACACCCAAAAGAGCAAGAAAUCUUUAAACACUUCACCUCAGUACAAGUGGGAAGCUCUAGUCUCUGCUACUGUUAGAAAAGGGGUCUGCUUCAUUUCGUUCUCCCCACUCCCCACAAAUUUGCCUUCAUCUCCUUAAUUCCUGCAUCAUAAUAGAAAAAGGUGCUCAUUAUGCUUUCACUUGUACUUAGAGAUGAAAGAUCUAUAGAAUUAUAAAGUUGACCCAAAGCAAACACCAAAAGAGCUUAGAAUUCUCAUGUUGGCGUUGACACUCGUGAUUAGCUAAAUUGCAGUAACUACACAGGCUUCCAUUCAGAACAGGAUGCAUUCACACAGCAGUUUCUUCUCUACUGCCUAGCAACAUUAUCACUGAGCACCUGGAAUAGUUUAGGCAUUAAGUGUAAUUGGUUUUGCUUUACA